AUGGAUAUGUAUGCUACUUGCACGGGUUCUGAUCGAUGCCGUGUUACACCUUUCCCUGACCUAGAGAAAACUACCAUGUUCAAUAGAUUUUGCACACCCUGUCAAGGUUUUCUCAUGUAUAUGAACAUAACCAAAGUGGAUGGAAGCCUUGAAGAUAAGUUAUGUUUAUGGAAGCUACAGAGCGGGGGAUGGCAAUUAAUAUCUGAAAUCUCCCCAGAUUUGACCUUGGCUGGUCUCGACUGUUCACCACCGCUGAUGAUAAACCCUUUAGAUGCAAAAACAGCUUACUUUUGGAGCGAGAAACAAGAACGGUUGCUAUCUAUUAACUUACACAACGGUAAGAAGUUUGUGAUCCACAAUCAGUUCGAAGCUAGGAUUUCCCUCACAAGCCAGAUAGAAAGGGUACCCUUCAACGCACGAAGAUACUUUAUCCCGUUCAUUCUCCCACAAUGGCUGCAUCGGAUCCCAAAUACGGUGAGUAUUAUACAGCCACUAACAACAACUGCAAUACUACAUGGAUGA